GCGGAGCGGGGCGCGGGGCGCGUUCGGAAGCGGUGGCAGCUCCCAUCGACUCCUGGGGUUAUUCUUCCUCAGGCCACUGCUGCUCGAGCUACGUACAGAGCGAGCCAGUUUUUUCAUUCCACCGCACCGCACGCCACACACUCGUUAAGCCCGUGCCAACACGAGAAGUCGCCACUAAUAAAUUACUGUUUUUUACUGCACUCGAACAGUCUACGCCGCGCAGCCGACUAAUUUAUACGUAAAAAUAAACAUCAAUCAGCAAUAAACGCCGCCGUUAGCGCCCGAGCCCCGACACUGCGCACUAGCCCCGCCCGCAGCGAGCACCAUAGCCCAGACAAAAUGUUCGCCGUGAUGCAAAUCGACGAGGAUCACACCAGGGACUUCAGGCGUAAGCUGCGCCCCAAGUGCGAGUUUGUCUGCAAGUAUUGCCAACGUCGGUUCACCAAGUCCUACAACCUGAUGAUACACGAGCGCACCCACAAGAGCCCCGAGCUGAGCUUCAGCUGCGAGGUCUGUGGGAAGAGCUUCAAAAGGCAGGACAAUUUGCGUCAGCACAGAUGUAGUCAAUGCUUGUGGCGGUGAGGUGAUGAAGAAGCACGAUCAACAACAGCGGUCUCUCUUACACAAUAGAAGAAAUACACUACAAUUCCAAAAAGGAGACCACAAACAUAAGAUGGUGAUUCACUAUGCAAUCAGUCGGAGACCUGUAUGUAGGUAAAAAACCACCUGGGAAUUUUAACAGUAUUCUUGCUUCUAUUGUUGUACACCAGAAUGGGAUAUUGCAAUAACAUUAAAAAAACUUCCGUCCCUUAAACAUAAGGUAUAUUAUAUGUAAAAAAUAAUGUUAAAAAUGAUACUCUAUCAUGUGUCACUCUUAACAUUUUUUUAAUAAAUUAUAAUAAUAUCUACUUGAUUAAUUAAAA